UUUUAUUGGCCAGCAAAUGUUGUCACGAGUGGACGCUUAAUGAGUAAAACUUUGUCUGGAAAAAGAGAAAGACUUUUUUAGAGGAGUGUGCCGUGAGCUGUCUCAUCCCCGAAGGACACACCUACCCGGGGCUCCUCCAAUCGCGCUGGGUUGAGGACUAAAGUCGCCAGCCACUCUGACUGAGGCAGAAGUUCAGUCAGAGACGCUCAGUGACAGAGGGAUCAAACACCAGCGAUCAGGCCAAACUUUGGGAGGACUAAUAACUGUCAGCGCGCUUUUUUCUCUUCCCCUCCCUCUCCACGUCAUCCCCGAACUUACACAUUGUAGUUUGAAAUGGACAGACCCUCGGAGACGCCUGGCUCAACAAGCAUGGGAUUAUUCUUGUAAUGUGGAUUGCUACUCCUUUUCAAGAAAAUCAGGAUCUGCUGCGGAACGAUGUGAGACGCUGUUCGUCUUGGAUUCUCGCGUUUCUGGAUAUCUUGAAAAUCAUUGGCAAUAGUUGAGAAGGGAGAAUUUAUAUCUGUAGGGAGAGAAGAAAAAAAGACGGAUUGUACGCUUCAACCUUGGGACCAGCAUGGAUCUGCGAUGAAACCCCCUCAUUUAAAGAAGUUUUAGCCGGUCCACUUGUCGUUGUACCCGUUGUUGAGAACUUCAUGUUAAAGAACAAAUCGCCUCACAGGCCAGCUUGAGUUUUGAAACGUUGCUUACCUUUUGGACUGGAUUUCCAACACCAUGAACUUUAUUGACAGUUUGACACUAUUAUUUUUGACGCUGUCAGCUGUCAAGAGUGCCCACAUACCGAAGGAAGCAGAGAGAGGUCCACAUGACGUGAUCCCCCUAAUGGAGGUGUAUAACAAGAGUCUGUGUCAGCCUCGAGAGCUGCUGGUGGAGAUACUGCAGGAGUACCCGGACGAGGUGGAGCACAUCUUCAUCCCGUCCUGCGUGGUGCUGAAGCGCUGCGCCGGCUGUUGCAGCGACGAGAUGCUGCAGUGCACGCCAACAGCCAGCUACAACAUCACAAUGGAGAUUAAAAGAAUAAAACCCCAAAGGCAACAAAAUGAUAUUUUCAUGAGUUUUACAGAACACAGCGCAUGUGAGUGUAGAUUAAAGACAGAGGUGAAAGAACAGAAAGAAAAAAAAUCCCGGAAAGGCAAGGGCAAAGGCCAAAAGAGAAAGCGAAAGAAAAACCGUGACAAAACAAUUCAUGAUGCUGUCUGUGAGCCAUGUUGUGAUCACUGCAAAGAGAAGAGAAAGAGUUUGUUUGUGCAGGACCCUGCAACCUGCCGGUGCUCCUGCAAACACACAGACGAAUACUGUAAAAAACGCCAGCUAGAGCUCAACGAGAGGACCUGCAAAUGUGACAAGCCGAGAAGAUGAGAGAGGUGGCAGCACCAGAUGUACAAGAUGAAGGAAUAUUCUAGAGAUAUUUCACAGCACAGCACUUUGACCUUUGAACCGUAAGCUCUUCUUUUUUUGGAAAGCAUUCCCCUUGGACUGAGAGAACAAAAAGAAAGACUGAACAGAAGUUUCCUCCCUCUGUAUAUCUGUGUGUAUAUAGUCCAUGACAAAAGAAAAUAAAAAAGAGUACAGAAUUGUAAUGCUGCUACAGAAACAACUAACUAAACCCAUCAUUUGACUAAAAGCGCAGUAGUCACCAUGUGGUUUUGCAUUUCUAACAGGCUUGUGACGCAGGUGUAGUCUUAUUGUCAAUUCAUUGUAUGCAAUUACUUCACUGGAUAUGAGUCUACUGUGGUGUGUUUCACUCAUAACAUGCAAAACCUCCAGAUAUAUUUAACUUCUAAAACAGCGGGUGAGACUGAAGAGGACAUGGGUGUGCUCUGCUUUCUGAAAUGAUGGAUGGACAUUUGUCGUUCGACGUCUGCUAAAGCUUUUGGAGUGAAACAGCAGGAAUAAACAGGACAAUAGAUGGAGGACUUUCUCUGCUUGAUAUCGCUUCCUUCCCUCUGAGGAUGUUGCAGAACUGAUAUGGACUUACAGAGCGUCACGCUUGCCAUUAGAGGGGACUGUUGAAUGGUGGUGCCAUAUAUUUUGAAAGGGAUGCUGAUCAUAAGUAUAGCAUUAUGUCUUUCCCUAUGUCCUUCAAGAAAACCACUGAAAUAUCAUAUACUGUAGUUUGAUUCCAUUUGAAAACUGUGCCUCAAAUAAUGUACUGAGAAAUCUUUGGAGUGCUUUUUAAAUUAUUUUUUGUUUCUUUUUCAGGAGAAGGGGUUAUCAGAGUAGGUUUCUUUGCUGUUUAACUCAAUCCAAAACCCAUUGAUUACACAUCUGCUCUAAACUUGUACAUACUUAAUAUCCCUUUAUGCCAUAGCUCAUUCUAGAUAAUUUAUAAUGCUAUAGAGUAUUUUACAGUAUUCACUUUUCAACACAUAUUUAAUUUGGUCUAUUUAUGUAUGCCGUGUUAUGUACCUGUAGCUGUCUUUUCUCCCUCAUGUAUAAGGUCACUGAUGGCUGCUUUCAGCAUGGAGGCUUCCUGUGCUUUUUUACAAAACAAAAAAAGAAAGAAAAAAGUCUUUGUUAACAUUCCCUAAAUGGUUUAUUUUUACUGAUGACAUCUCCUUCUCAACCCCUGUCAUCUGUGGGUGUGGGUGCCAUGUAGAAUUUUAACAUUUGAGCGCCUGUGUGUGUGCUUGCAUGUGUGUUUGUUUAUGAAUGAAUGUGUGUUCACCGGAAUUUGCUGUAUGCACAUCUGUAUGUAGGUGUUAGUAAAUUGUAUUUAAGUAUUUAAAUAAGUAGCAGACCUGUUUUCUGUCUGUUGUGCAAAAUGCAAAUACAAAUAAACUACUGCUAGCAGCUCAGCAUACACCAUAACACCACCACCACCAUUUUGAAUUUGGAUAACAAUCUCCAUCCUGUCUGCCAUCAGUCUUAGAGCCUUUCCUUAUUAGCUCUCUUUGUCCCUUCUCCACUAUUAUGUUUUCUGUGUCUAUGUAAAACAGUAAAGCAUAUUUAUUUUCAAAUCAUAUUGUUUUUAUAUAAAAUAAGGAAAAGGUUGCCGUGUUGUGAAUGCUGUGUUUCCAUGAGAUUUAACCAGCCAUGCAGCUUUGUGUUUUUGUGCAGCAAGCUGUUCAUCACACAUUAAACUGGAAUUUCUGUGCAAUGUAAGUGGGGGGGGGGAGAUUACAAAAGUUCCUGCACGCUUUUCACAACCAACAGACAUUCAGCCAAAUGAAUAAACACUUCACGAAGUGAGCCGCAAUUUCAUCUGUUUAAUGUAAUUAUAGGCCACCAUUAAGCCCAGGGAAAAUGUGAAAUGUAUCAGAACUGGUCUUGUCACUAAUCAGGAAAGGAUAACAUUUUGUGUUCUCAAAGAAUUUCGCAAGUGCAGACAAAGAUCUGAAAAGUAGAAGAAAAAAUCCGUUACAAUGAAAACAAAGUUUUUUGUCCUUCAAAUUAUAAAACGAUUGUUUUAAGAUAAAAAUAGUU